UUGACCUCUUAAGUGCUGUGCUAGAUUGAUCUAAAGGCGUUGCGUUUCAUAAUGACCACGAGUCUCCAGAACCCCGGGCCGAUGGGAAGCUCGAUCAUACGUGUGUCGACAACCGUACUUAAGUGCGGUUCGUGGCGACGUUAGUCCCUCUAUGACUUGCAGGCAGGUCUAAACGUUUUUAUUUUUGUUUCUAAUAUGUCUUCUAUUUCAUUUUCGGAGGUUACAGAUCUACAGAUAUCCAAGUUUGCCAAUAUUGGUGCCUUCGCAAUUCUUAUAUUCGAUUUCUGCAUCACAUUCCAAGAUGAGGUAAAAUGGACCUGGUUUAGGCCAUGGGAUAUAAUUCGUGUCAUCUUCACCAUAUCUCGAUAUCUGCCUUUCAUAGGCUCUGGAUUGACUGUAUAUGCUGCACUGCGUGUCAGCGGGCCGCCGGCGGCCCCUAGUCUGGUACAAAACAUCAUUCAUAUUAUAAGUAUCGUUGCUGCGGAAGGCUUGUUGGUUAUUCGGACAUGGGCAUUCUGGCAAAAGAGCAAAAGGGUGCUGAUCGGAUUAGCAGCUUAUAGCGUGGUGACAAUAAUCGCCGCCGUUUCCAUGAAUGUCCUUCCAAAUCACCAGUUGAUUUCAGCAGAUAUGUCUACUCUACCGCAAGGUAGCUUCGAGUCGUCAAGAAAUGCUGCAUUGGUAUAUGCUAUCUUGGCACUUUUCGAAUGUGUGAUACUGGCCCUCACUACGUAUAAGAAAUUCAGCGACUACCGGAAAGUUGAGAGCUCGAUCAUAACCACCAUUUAUGGCGGUAGCAUGUUUUACAUGUUGUGCAUCAUCGCCAUCACGGUCACCAAUGUGAUUAUUGACGCAGUAUUUCCGCUUGGCUACACAGACAUGUUUGAUACGCUACAACUUGUCAUUCACAGCGUCCUGGGCUCACGAAUUAUGUUCCAUCUUCGGAGUAGUCACGAUCAUAGCUAUGAGAUGCACACGCCAUCAAUGUUGAUGCUGUCAGAAGUUAUACAGUAUGAACAAUCUUGGCAAAUGCAGACGAACGAGAGAAGGGGUAAUGAUUGGACACGCUUUUGUUAAAGCCCACUUAAAAUAAAAUGUUCAUUGUAGCUACGAAUGUAUUUGAAUAAGUUCAAAGGAGCUAUAUAGGGUGA